AUGUCCCUGCCCAUCUCCUACCAGGCACUUGUGACACUGCAGAAAGAGCUCAUCGAGCUCACGCGGCCCGUGGACGCCCACCUGGAGCACGUGGAGUUUCAGGCUCUGCUCCAGCGGCUCAGCCCCCACCUCAUCCUGCACAUCUUCGCCUCCGCCGUGUUGGAGCGACGGCUCAUUUUCCUGGCAGAGGAGCUGAGCGUCCUGUCACAGUGCAUCCACGCCGUGGCUGCUCUCCUCUACCCCUUCACCUGGGCUCACACCUACAUCCCUGUGGUCCCCGAGUGCCUGCUCGACACCGUCUGCUGCCCCACGCCCUUCAUGGUCAAAGCGGUCGGGCGCACCCCCCCCCAGCCGAUGGAGGAGGCUCUGAUAGUUGACCUCUGUGAAGGGAAGAUCCUCCGGGCGGUCGGCGAUGAGGAGGAGAUCUUGCCCAUCAAGCUGCAGAAUGAGAUGCUGACGUCUCUGAACAGGCACAACAACAACAAUAAUGUACACACAUCCGAGCAGGUGAACGCACUCGUCUCCGAAGCCUUCGUGCAGUUCUUCGUCCGAAUGGUUGGCCACUACACCUCCCACAUCAAGUGGAGUAAAAGCGGCUCAGGGACCUUCCAGGAGCGAGCCUUCUGCAAAGCCCUCACCUCCAAGACCAACCGCAAGUUUGUGAAGAAGUUUGUGAAGACGAACAUGUUUUCCCUAUUUAUUGAGGAAGCAGAGAAGAGCAGGAUCCCACAGGAAGCAUAUUUCCAGCAGAAAAUAAGAGAGUACCACGAACAAAAGAAGCACCGAAGGGACUCCUGA